UGAAUGCGCCGGACAUUCGCCGCGGAUCCACAGUUUACCUUGGAUAUGGCCAGCUCUGCAGACGAAAAGGAAAGGGCUUUCUAAAAAAGUAGUCCUAGAUGUUUAAUAAUUUAGUGUUAAAUUAGUUGCAUGUAUAGUGAUAUGCAAGACGUAGUGAAACAUUAUUAAACUCUACAUUAUGCAGUCAAGCUUCUCUGAGCUAAUGGAAAAGUGUCACAUGGAAGUAUCGAUACCCACAGUGCCGAGUAUUUGAGCCACGAUCUGGUGACCGCAGAUGGCAGGAAGGCGUCUUUUCCAGCCAGUGGUGACAGGAUGUUAGAUGAGUGUUUUUGUUACCAGUGUUGGAGUUGAAAGAUUUUUUAAGAAAGAGGAAAGAUUAAGAUCGAGACGUUUUGUGUACGAGAUGUACAAGUUCCAGAAGUGUGAUGGAUAAAACCAACGUCACCUAAUCCAAUUGAUCCGUACUUUGUUCUUACACUCGCUUCCCUUCUGUUGGCCGCCCCCCUAAAAACUGGGCAUGCAAGCCUUUUUGGUGUUCAGGGAUGUAGCGAAAUACAAGUUAUUCUAUCACCGAAACAGCAAGACAGAACAGGGAACGUUCGAAAGAAGAGAAAAAAAACUUUUUUUCCCCCCACUACAUGAGCGUCUGACCUUUUCGGAAUGUUGGUAAACAUUAACGGCGAGUGUAUCUGUCAAGUCUACAUUGGCUGGAUGCAGGAGGGGCUCGAAGGAGGAGGGUGACACUUGCUGCCGCUGGCCGGUUAGUCAUUAGCCGCCAAUAACGGAAAAUAAUACAAGAGACGACUUUGAAACGAGCUAAUAAGAGUGUGGGAUACAGACCGACUAAACAGCAGCUGUAGUGAUGUCCGAAGUGAUGACCGGCCGCGCAAGUUUUUUGGACAAGUUAAACGCACAGCUGGACGAUGGAUGGGAAGCCAAGCUGCAAGCUGACGGCCGGAUUUAUUACAUACACCACAAAAGCCAAACCACUUCCUGGUUACCACCCAGAGAAAAUUGGGAUAAUACUUCAGGUCUGCCCUACGGAUGGGAAACAGCUUUAGAUCGCAAUGAGAAACCUUAUUACAUCAACCAUGUGGAGAAAUACACAACAAGGGAAGACCCUCGGCACGACCCUGAGUACGUAGAACCCCCGAAACCCAGGGAAGUUGAGCUGUACAGAGACCCAGAGAAAGGGUUUGGUUUUGUGGCUGGGAGUGAGAAGCCCGUGGUGGUCCGCUUUGUUACUGAAGGUGGGCCCAGUGUUGACAAGCUGUUACCAGGCGACCUCAUCCUGAAGAUCAACGGGGAAGAAGUGAGACGAGCUCCCAGGGAAAAAGUCAUAGAACUGGUCCGGUCAUGUCGUCAGUCCAUCGUCCUCACUGUAUGCCAGCCGUAUUCAGACAAUUCCAACAGAAAGUCUGCCAUACUCACGGCGGCCAAGAAAGCCAGGUUAAAAAACAACCCAUCCAAAGUCAGGUUCGCUGAUGCCAUUCUGGUGAACGGUGCUAGUGUCACUCAGACUCAGUCGCCCCAGGAGAGUUACGCCCCCUUUAUGCCGAAUGUGUUGAAAGUCUUCUUGGAAAAUGGCCAGACAAAAUCGUUUAAAUACGACAGCAAAACCACUGUCAAGGAUGUAGUCUGUUCUCUACAAAGUAAACUUAACAUUAGCAGCACUCACCACUUCUGUUUGAUGCUACAGAACAUGAAGAACAACAUCCCUGGUCAGAUGAUCCUCUUGGAGGAGCAGGAGACUUUGGAUGAUAUUGCAGCCAGACCAGAUAUUUGUCACUUUCGCUGUUUGUUUCGUGUUGCCUUUGUCCCACUUGAUGCCUAUGACCUACUGAAGGAAGACCCUGUGGCCUUUGAAUACUUUUAUAUGCAGUGCUGUAAUGAUGUUGUCCAAGAGAGACUGACCACAGAUAUGAAGUAUGACACUGCUCUCAGGUUGGCCGCCUUACACAUCCAGCAGCAUGCUGCCAGUAACCACAUGGUGGGCAAGAUCUCUAUCAAAACCAUAGAGAAGGCGUCUGGUCUAGACAAGUUUGUGGCCCGCAGUCUGAUGGAAAGUAUGAAGAGCAGAGAUCUACGCAAGAUGUUAUCUCAGUACAUGAAGAUGAACCAGAGCCUGACAGCCCCUGGACAGAAGCAAUUGACAGCUAUACAGGCCAAACUUCAUUACAUGAAGAUCAUCUCUGAGCUGAAGACAUUUGGAUCACGGGUAUUCAUGGUCACCCUUCUGGAUCAGAAGUCUGAAGCUAUGGUACUGGUGGGUCCAAAGGCUGGUGUUAGUGUAGUCACAAACAUCAAAUCUUAUACUUUGACACAGCUAGCAGACUUCAACCAGAUAGAGCUGAUCAAAGUCACCAAGGAAGGAGAGAAUAUGCAGAGGGUUGAUCUGAAGGUCAAGACUGCUACUCAAGUAGAUACAAUAGGGCUAGGCCUGCUGACAGUGGAUGCCCAAAACUUUGUCCUCAUGCUAGAAGGAUACUAUCACAUUUUUGUAGACAGAGACAAGCAGAUAGUUGAAAAGACCAUUGGUAAAAAUACUUCUGAUCCUGAUGUCCCAGCAUACAGUGAUCAACACAGAGUACUUCGCUCCUCUUGGGCUUAUCCUGAGGAUCUGGUGUCAGAAGUAGUCAACCCAGAAAACAACAGGGAUGGUUCUGAUGAUGAAGAUAAAAUUAUUGAUCUGUCCAAAGGACCUCCUAAGUACCAGGAGGUUGGGAAAAAUGAUAAUUCAGGAAAUAUGAUCGAGGGGGAAAAAAGUAAACUUUCAGUAACUGAUAUGCUCAGUGCAUCUCACAUUGCCAAAUUGGCUUCUGCUGGCAGUGUUUUUGAAGAAGAAGUCACAUCGUUCAGAGGGCUUGAUACCAAUGAGAACCCUUAUACUCAGAAAGUAGACCCUUUCAAAUACAAACCUCCGUCCCCUAUUUCCCUUGUCACAUUCCAAGCCAGCCCAGUUGGCAGGAGGGGACAGCCUCUAGUCAAUGCAAAGUCAGACCCUCAGCUGAGCCAGUCUCCCAAGACUGAGACCACCCUUCACAACGGUACACCCCCUAACAGAAAGUACAGCCUGGGGGCAGGGGCAGGUAGCAAUGACAGUAGCUUGUUAGACAGCGAGGCCAGUGAGAGGCAAGCACUUCUGCCAGAGAGUGCCAACAGAAGGAUACCAUCACCAUUGUCUUUUGUCCAGCAUCCAAGUUCUGGUCUGGCUGGACCUUGGUUGAAUGGUGGCCUGGACCCUGAGAGUGAUGACACUGACAGUGGGGGCACACCAGGAGAGAGUCCUGCUAAAAAGAAGUUGAUGAAUGCACAUCUAUCUGUUGAGUUGGAUCACCAAAGUUUUGGCCUCCAUAGUCCAGAUGUGCUUGCCAAUUCAGAUGUCCACAGCCUUCUGGACACAAGUCCUGUUGAAGCUGUAGGAAAACUCAGCUCUCUUUACUCUGCUGAUGGCUACACUGGUCAGCGGUUGUAUUAUGACCCAGACAUCAUUGAUUUAACAAAUUUCCCACCCCCCGAGACCCCAGACACAGAUUCCAUUCUAGACUUCACAGAGCUAGCCAAUUGUCCACCACCAACAUUUUCAUCUAACACUUCACUCUCUUCAUCUUCCAGGAAUGACUCAGUUGAUGGACCAAGAUCUGCUGUGAAGUUCAGCCGACUUGAAAGGUCAGCAAGUAUUGGGAACUGUCCAGAUUUCCUGGAUGAUGACAUUGAUGCCCUCAUUGCUCAGUUCACCAUUCCACCCCCACCACCAUCUACAGACUCCAAGGGCACUAAGGACCACUUCCUACCAUUGCAGUCUAACCCAGCGAAUAACGAUUUAUCUUAUCUUAUCAUUCCACCCCCUCCAACAAGCACAACACCACUCAGUGAAGACUUCUCAGUGGUAACGCUGAACUCAAAUCAGGUCAAACCCACGACAGAGCUGAAAAGUAAGACAGUUAGUAGGCAUAAGCGUUCAUCCUCACUGGACCUGAAGUUCAUGCAGAAAUCCAGUGACCAGCUGGAUAGCAAGUACAGGAGUAAGUCUCUGGAUGCCAAUCAAAAUAAUAUUGAGAAAAACUCUACUAAGCCUUCCCCUCCCCCUGACUUGAAUGUGGCCACUGCACAGAGUGAUAUAAGCAUCAGCGGUGAGUCCCCAGCCACUGUUUCACAGAAACUGUACUCACUUCUUCAGUCUCUUCCAAACUUCACUCCUGACCUCCUUAGCAACCUGAGUCAUGACACACCUUCAGCUGCCAUGUCAGGCUUGCACCAACGAAGCUCCUCACUGGACCUCACAUCUGGUCAGUCAGACUUCCCUUUCUCGUCCUCCAGCAGUAUUCGGACCUUCAACUCUGUGGUCAACUUCUCUAGUCGUGGCUCAUCCUUAAGACUGAGACAUUCUUCCAGCAGAAGUCUAAGUCAAAGUCUGGAACCUUCAAAGGAGUCCAAAACUCUUAGGGGAAGAUCUCAUUCUGAGUCCAGGCCUGAGACGUCUUCAGGUCAUUCUUCCAGCAAGGACGCAUUUAGUAGCUCAGACAGUUUUGCUAGCUUGAAAGCUAAAUUGAAAGACUACAGGGAUUUCUUAUUAAAUCGGAGCAAGUCCAAGAGUUCUGAGCCAGGCUACUCUCUGACCAGACUCUUCACUAGACGAGACUCUGACAGUGAUCGUGUGACCUCCUCAGCAGACAGCAACUGGGAGCUGAAGGAAGCUAAAGCAACAUCUUCAACUGCAGACGUUUCAGUCAAAGAUAAGACUGGUCAUCCUGUGGUCAGAGAUGCUCUAGGUCUGCAUAGACCAUCUCUCAGACCAGUCAGCAGCUCUCUGUUGAAUCAAUCAAAGUCUAAAAAACUUGGGCCUCUUAAAGCUCUUCCAUCAGAUUUGGCCCAAGAUGGUGCAGUCAGAAGUCAAAACAUGGCCAAGUCCUCCAAGUCUGGCAAGGGAUCUAGUAAAACUAAAGACGACUUGGCUAUGAGCCAGAUGAGAGAGAAGCUGACUGCCAACCCUUAUGCUACAAUCAAAAUGUGGCGGCCAGUAUCCAUGUCUGUUAGUGUUAGAUCAGAUGAUAAGGCUGAGGAAACCUAUCAGAGUUUCAAAAAGUUGGACACAAUGAGACAGAAUCUGGAUGACAUUGGCCAGACUUCAGAAUGGAACCAACAGGACAUUGGGACUGGUAGGCUUCCCAUAACUGGACACAUCAGGGACAGAGAUCAUUUAUCACAAGAUGACCACUGGCACCAGGCUAGCUUGAGGCCUGCUGAACAUAUGAAUAGCUGGGUGAGUGAACCAGCCAGUGAUUUGUUAGAAAUACCAGAGGAUUACUCCAGGGACAAUUCACCUGCUUCACUUGAGAGGCAACCUUUGGUCAUCAAUGGAGUUUCAGAUUUAAACAGCAGCGUAGCCCCUGCACCAUCACCUCCCACCCCUGUUCAGUCCAAACCUAAUGGCCAGCAACCCAGCUUUCAUUUGGUCAGUAAUGGUGUUAGCAAGGCUGUCCAACAGGUCCUCUCUCACAGCUAUACAGCAGGAUAUGAAUCUUUGGCUAUUCAGGAUGUAGAGACUCUGCUCAAUGAUCUGAAAGCCACCAUGAAAUCUCUGAAGACUUCCCGUAUAGAGAAAAACUCUGUCCAGUUGACCAUGUGUGUUAUUGAGCUUCAGUCCCAGACUAAACAGUUUGUCCAAGACUGUAAACGUGUGGUUAGCAGUGCCAGCAGUAGUAGAGGGACAUUCUUGUCCAGCCUUCAGGAGGCCACCCACACAUUGGCCUACAUUUUCCUUCACUCCCAGGCCACUAUGCUGCUCUUACAUUCCCCUGACAGUGCUGAACAUCUAGGACUACAGCUGGUGAAGGCUGCCAAUGCAUUCAAGUCAACAGUCAAUGCUGCCAACACUGCCAUUGGGAAAGCUAUCAGUGAUCCAGACAUGAAAUAUCUUAUGAAGCAGGCCACACAUUUAGCCAGUCUGUUGGGAUCUUUGCUGACUACUAUUAAAGAAAUCCAACAUGUUCCUUGAGCUGCACAUUCUACAUAUCAUCAAGAAACUGACUGUAAUAAUUCAUUACUAACAUGAGAUAGUUCAUCAGUGUCAUUGACUAAUAAGAGUUCUGGUGGCUGAGUCAUUAAGUGUUUGGCCUCUGAACCUAAUAUCUUUAUGUUUGCAUCUUAGUUUGGUUGUAAGGAAUUUCUUUAAGAAUGUUUUCAAGUCAUUGUGAAUGAAAAUAAAAGAUCAUUUGAUUGAUGUCAUUCUGCUGCUUACAUUGACUGUUGGGGUCAGAAGUAGGUCACCUCUACACUUUCCAGGCCUGAGUGUUCACACAAGGGGAGUUUAUUUUUCAUUCAAACUGGGACAUGACUCAGUCAUUUAAUCAAGUCAAUAGCUCAUCCUGUGCUUCUCGCAAAGUGUAUGAUGAUAUGUGUUUAGUAGUAGUGGGAUACUUAACAGAGCUUCUCAGCUGCUAGCAUCAUGUACAACUGUUUUUCUAAGCAGGGAAAUCAUUGUAAUCUAUAUCAAUGUCUGACAACAGUUUUCCAAGGACAUAACCUGUCAGCAUUUAUAUGUAGUAUUUAUUGUUUUGAUUAUGAUAUUACGAAGUACAAUGUGAUAUAUAAGUAUAUGUGUGUGUGUGAUCUUAUUUCCUGGUGAUACAUCAAGAGUUGCUGGUGACAGUUGAUCUCCAACCUUUGAGUCAUAAAUCUGGCUUUAAGACAGGUUUAGCCUUUGAUAGCUAGUGAUGAAAUUUAGUUGCAAUAGUGUGUCAUUGCUCUGUCUUCUCUCAUUCAGAACAAGAAAUAGAUGUAGACAAUACAGUCAGUUCUUUAAACCAAGUGUCACUUUUGUAACCACUGCUUCAAAUAGAAAUUUAGAAUUUUAAGCUCUUUUUUAAAGCUGGUUAAUUUAUGCUGUAGGCAUUCUAUAUUAUUAUCUAGGUUUACUCUACAAAGUUAAACAUGCCAGUGAACUUUUGGGUCCAAAAGUAAUUUUUUUCUGAAAGUGAUGACUGAUAGAUUUUAAAGAUGGAACAUUUUUUACCCUGCCUCCAUUUAUUUAUUUAACUUUUUACUGAAGACAUGCGGGAAUACCCACUGACAUAUGUUUGUCCAAGAUUUAGAUUGUCUAGAUCUCAAGACCAAAUUUAAAUUUUUUUUAAUUUUAAAAAAUUAUUCCCUGUGUGGCCAUUAAACUUUCCCAAAGAUUUAAAUAAACUGUCGAAAUUCUAGGAAAAUCUUAAGAGCUGAUUUUGAGAUCAGUGAUCAUUCAGGUUUUUGGUUUUUAAAACCAUGAAGAAUUUACAAGUUGAAUAGAGGCAUUGUAAAAAGGGCUAAAACUGUGGUUUGAAUUAUAUGAUUUGUUUAGUGGAUCUCUAAUUGCUAUCAUUUUUUAGCAUGUUUAAUGGUCCUUUUUUUCACUAUUGCAGUCCUAAAAGUGGUAUCUAUUAGUUGUUGAAUACAGCUUGAAUACAUUUUUUUCAAAUAGAAAAUCACAGACUCUAUGGAGAUCCCAACUUGAGCCUCUUGCAAUCAAGUCAUUCAACCAAUUCAUUCAUCAUGCCACUUGUAAGGUGAGAGACGAGCAAUUGGAUUCCUUCUAAGAAUAUUUAAUAAGAACAACACUAUCACCCCCCCCCCCCCCAAGUGUUGGCUUUACUACUUUCUCAGAUAUGAUCAUUUCAACAUUAGCAACUUGUGUAAAUAUGAUUUGCAAUGUAGUGUCUUAGAUUUUUUGUUUCUUAUGGAAUAAGACAGCAUGGUCUUCCUCUUGAAACAUUUCCUGACUGGUGGCAUAGGUUUUAACAGCACCAUUUGGGGAACUGGUCUGUUUUUUUGUUGUUGUUUUUUUUCAGUGUUAAUUAUUUGUACUGAUAGGAUGUAGUUUGUGUUGUAUCAAUGAUAUUAGAUUCUCAUGUUAUUAACAGGUACUUCUUAGAUUCUCAUGUUAUUUACAGAUACUUCUAUUCAAUAACCAAAAAUAAAAUGUUAAACAUUAUUGUAUCAAAACACUAUGUAUUGAGAACUUGUUAUACUGUGGUACUUUCAACAUUUUUGUUUACAUUGCAUUUACUAUUCAGGAGCUCACAUAAUCUUGUUCAGAUUAUUUAUUGGACAUUUUUUGUAUACAAUUGUAUUCUGUGUAUAUUCAUUACUUUAAGUCAUUUACAAUGAAAGAAUGACAGGUGGUUGAAUUAUCAUAGUAGAUAAAUAAUUAAAAUGUUUUAUCUUGAACUUACAUUAAUUGUCAUUUCAUUGACUUGUAAAAAUACAAUAAUCAAUAUUUUAUAUACUACUUGAGCAGAAAGGGUUGAUUUAAAAAAAAAAUCAUUGCUAUUUGUGUGCAACUCAUUUUAAGUUUAAAAUAGGAAACCUUAGAAAUGUUUCUAAAUCAAUUGAAUACUAUCUCCUUGAGUUAAAACUUACAGCCAAACAUCAAUGGCGUUAUGUUAAGAUCCAAUUCACUGCUUGUUUUCAAUAAUAUACAACAUGUCGUUGGAAAUGCUAUUUGAUAUUUUAGUAGAGAUCUAGAUCUCAAAACCCUAGGCUGAAGUUAUAAAAUUAAUAUAGAGUGACAGGGCUACCAGUAUUUACUUAAUUACAUUAUUUUUGAGUCACUUAAUUGCAAGUAGUAAACAAAUGAAGCAGAAAAAAAAUGUAUUGAUUUUCCUGAGUGAAAACCGUUCAAAUUGAGCUCAAUGUUCUUAAGACCAUGACAUGGUGGUGUUUCUGUCUUUCAUUUAGUGCUAAAUUUUCAAUUUUGUCUUGACUUGCCAAAACUCUGGCCAACUUUAAGCGUGAACUGUUUUUUUCAUUUCUAUGGUUGACAGGUAAACUUAAAUAGCUACUUAACUUGGUUUAUUUAUUAACUAUUAAUACCUGUAUUUGUAUUACAAGCCUACAACAUCUAGAAUGUGAUCCAACAUGUUUGCAGCUAACAACAGUUUUGCAACUAAAUUCACAUUCCUUUGUUUUUAGAUUUUAAGUUAGCCUUCAUUACAUAUUGUUUUCAAACUAUUAAAAUUAAAAAAAAUGUAUUCUUUUUCUUUAUUUUGUUUGGUUUGAAAUUAAACUAAUUGUAAGAUUCUUUAUUUAUUGGCACCUAAUAUUUUAUGUUUUUGAUAUACUAUAAAAUAUUAUCAAUAUCCUAUUUUCUCUCUGUGAUGAUCUAUGGUAUAUAAACUGUACUCAUAUAUUUAAUUAUUAUUCCAUAAUAUUUUGUUCUGUCAUUGUAUGAAAAUGAUAAUAAAUGAAUAUGUUCUAAUCAAAAAGUCA